GGCAGUGUAUACUUUAAACCAUCAUUUAUUGUCGAUGAGUCCAUUGGUAUUAAAGUAGUAUCAUCCUUUAGCGGAAAUAGCCAAAAGGGUUUACCAACAGCUCCAGGAACCAUCAUUUUAAAUGAUUUGGAAACAGGUGUCGCAACUGCAAUUAUUGGUGCAACUUAUUUAACUGGCUUAAGAACUGCUGCUGGCAGUGCUGUAGCUUGCAAAUAUUUAACCCAAGAUGACAUCAAGUCAAUGUUGGUCUAUGGUGGUGGAUUGCAAGCUAAAUUACACAUUGAAGUGAUGUUAACUGUUAGACCAUCCAUUAAAACUGUCUACAUACUCUCUAGAACCAAAUCCAACAUUUCUAAAAUGGUCAAUGAAAUAUCUCCAAAAUAUAAAGGUGUCUCUUUUGAAUUUGAGAAUUUAGAUGAUAACAAAAUCAGUAGUAUUUUAAAGAGUGUUGACCUUAUCGUCACUGCAACAUCAUCAGACGAGCCACUCUUUAAUGGUGAAGAGUUACAGUCAAGAGAUAAACCACUCUUAAUUUGCUCUGUUGGUAGUAGUAGACCAGCCAAUAGAGAAUUAGAUUCAACAACUAUUAUUAAAGCAAACUUAAUUGUUGACGAUAUAAACAGUACUAUGGUAUCUGGAGAGCUUGCUAUUCCAAUUAAAGAAGGCUCCAUUACAAAAUCCCAUAUCAAAGGUCAAAUUGCUGAUGUAGUAUCCAAAAAAUACAAUUAUAAUGAUCAUAAAAACAAUUUAGUUACUGUUUAUAAAUCAGCUGGUACUUCAAUCCAAGAUAUUGCAACUGCUAAUCUUGUAUACAAAAAGGCUGUUCAAUUAAAUAAAGGUUUUAAAUUUGAUAUG